AUGUCCAAAGAGGUUACACAGGUUUCAGUCCAAUCAGACUCCAAUCAGACACAAAUUGAAGCUCAAAUUCAACCAAAAGAAACUGCCGAAGUCGAACAAACUACAGAAGCUCAAGUUGUUUCAGUCCAAUCAGACUCCAAUCAGACACAAAUUGAAGCUCAAAUUCAACCAAAAGAAACUGCCGAAGUCGAACAAACUACAGAAGCUCAAGUUGUUUCAGUCCAAUCAGACUCCAAUCAGACACAAACAUACGCAAAGUUCAACUAA